AUGGAGGACGGUCUACUGGAGCUCAUGACCAAGGACGGUGGCGACAUGCCGGCGCCUUUGGCGGUGUCCACUGUGCCAGCCGUGGGGGACGUGAUCUCCGGGGAGUACAACGGUGGCAUGAAGGAACUGAUGGAGCAUCUGAAAGCUCAGUUGCAGGCCCUGUUUGAGGACGUGAGGGCCAUGCGGGGCGCCCUGGACGAGCAGGCUUCGCACAUCCAGGUGCUUUCGGACGACGUGUGCGCCAACCAGCGGGCCAUCGUUUCCAUGUGCCAGAUUAUGACUACAGCGCCCCGCCAGGGCGGCCUGGGCGUGGUCGGUCGCAAGGGAAGCUUCCAGGACACCCCUCAAGAGCCGGAGAACCCUUCGUCUGGGACCGGGGACGGCGGCUUGCUGGGUCGAGAUCCGGAAGACGAGGAGGAAGGGGACGACGAUGAAGAGAAGGACGUGCCCAGCCCUACCACACCCACCAGUCACUGUGAGCACCCUGAGAGCCCCUGUGCUGGUCUCCUUGCGGGGGACGGGCCACUUGUGGAGCCCCUCGAUCUGCCCGACUUUACCCUGCUGCAGUUGGAGGGCGAGGCCUCCCUGUGA